UCAAACAGGCUACCAAACAGUUCUAAAAUCCCCCCAUUUUAUGGGAUUUGGUAUAUUCGAGAUUUAUUCCGAUAAAGUGGUAAAGCAGGAGUUAAGAUUCUUUGGAAUUAAACAUGUUCAUUUGAACCGUUUGGCAGAACUUAAGUUAAAUCCUGAUUAAAUCCUGCUCAAAUCAGGCUACUAAACAACCUCUAAUAAGGGUAAACUAACUGGCUUAGUACAAUACCGAUUUGUUAGGCUAGUUUUAUAUAUAAUUGUCCAGCCAAACUCAAACACGACUAAAUUUUAAUAACUAAAUUUUAAUUUUAAGGGGACUACUUUCCAAAAUCAAGGCAGACUUGCUAGCCUUGAUUCAAAGUAGAGUAGAUCAUUAAGAGCGUAAAGAAUUUGCUAGAAAAAUAGAGAACUCAUUGGACCAACCAAACUCAAUAAUCUUUGCCCAAAAUUAGGGUCUACGUGACAACUUUCACCAAAGAAACCAGCACCUUCCUCCGAACUUGUCGGCUGAGCGCAAGUCCAAGUUCCCAAGCUACCUAUCUCUUAUAUUUUAUGAUGGCUAGAUGGGAUGAAAUUCUGAGUCUUCCCGUGCAGAGUCCACCAAACCUGGAAUUCUCUGCAGCUGACAUUGUGUGGUCUAGAGUGGAAGGCUGGCGAGAGACCAUGGACAGACUAGCUCUAAUUCCAUUCUCCAGAGUGAAUGAUUUUGUCAGAGGUGAAUCAAACAACAAGGAUUGUCCUACCAGAUUUCAUGUUGAAGCAAGGAGACGACGUUCAUCAGAUAUGGCUAACAAACUUAAGGUUGAUGGAAUUCUCGAGUAUAUUAUGUAUUGGUGCUCUUUUGGUCCAGAUGAUCAUAGGAAGGGAGGUGUCGUUCGCCCCAGCCGAACCUAUUGCAUAAAGAGAAAGACUCCUGCUGGCAGGCCGAACACGAAGAGGGGUUGUGUCUGCCAUUUCAUUGUGAAGCGCCUAAUAGCUGAACCAUCAGUUGCACUUAUCAUAUACAAUCAAGAUAAGCAUGUGGACAAGAAAGGGCUUCCUUGCCAUGGUCUCCAGGAUUCAAAAGCCGUGGGAACCUAUGCAAUGUUUGCACCAUGCAUCUCAGAUGAGCUCCGCCUUCAAAUUAUGUCCUUGUUGUAUGUUGGUGUUCCAGUGGAAACUAUCAUGCAGAGGCACACUGAAGCCGUGGAGAAGCAGGGGGGACCAAGCAAUAGGGAUGAUCUUCUCACUCACAGAUAUGUGCGCAGGCUAGAAAGGAAGAUUAGGCGUUCCACAUAUGAAUUAGACUCCGAUGAUGAUAUUAGCACUAACAUGUGGAUUGAAAUGCACCGGGAUCAUGUGUUCUUUUAUGAGGACUUCUCUGAAACUGAACCCUUUGUUUUGGGGAUUCAAACGGAUUGGCAACUCCAACAAAUGAUUCAGUUUGGCAACCGCAGUGUUAUAGCCUCUGAUUCAAGGUUUGGCACAAAUAAAUUAAAGUAUCCCAUUUAUAGUCUCCUGGUCUUCGACUCAAAAAGGAAUGCACUCCCUGUAGCAUGGAUUAUAACACCAAGAUUUGCCAACGGUGAGAUACACCGAUGGAUGCGGGCCCUUUUUGACAGGAUUCAUUCAAAAGAUCCAACAUGGAAAUUGGGUGGUUUUAUUGUUGAUGAUCCUUUAGCUGAUUUGAAUGUCAUCAGGGAAGUCUUUCAGUGUUCAAUUUUGAUUAGUUUUUGGCGUGUACGCCAUUCCUGGCAUAAAAAUUUGAUGAACAAGUGCUCAGACACAGGAAUGCAAGUGGAGGUGUCAAGGAGACUUGGAGAGAUAGUUUCAAACAUUUGCAGGGGUUUCGCUUCCUUGGAUGCCUUCCAUGAUUUCAUUGAAGACUUUGUUGAUUGCUUGGACUUCUUAGAUUAUUUUAAAGGGGUUUGGUUUUCAAAAUUAGGAGCCUGGAUUAAUAUAUUGAAAGCACUUCCGCUUGCUAGCACAGAGGUUUCUUCAGCCAUUGAGUGCUACCAUAAUCAGCUCAAACUUCGAUUGCUGAAUGAGAAAGAUUCAAAUCUUUACCAACGUGCUGAUUGGCUGUUUGAUAAAUUAGGAACCAAGGUGCAUUCUUAUUACUGGUUGGAUUCAUAUAGUGGUAAGGAUAACUUUGCCAGGUACUGGAAAGAUGAGUGGAAAUGUGGUUUAACUGCUUGGCGCCGUGCUUCGGAGAUCCUUGAUUCAGAUGUUAUUUUUGAUGACAACUCUGCUAGAGUUGCUCAUCAUGAAAAUCCAGGAACUGCCCGUGUUAUCCUGAAUCCAGGUUCUGAAUUUGCAAUAUGUGACUGCAGUUGGUCGAAGACGGGGAACCUCUGUGAGCAUGUGAUCAAAUCAAGUAUGUUUUAUCGGGGCAAAAUCUCUCACUCGCUCUCAACUAGCAUGUUCGAAUACAAGAGAACUUUGAUGAAUGUACUUCAAUGCCCCCCACACAAUUCUCUGAUGCGUGAUCAUGCCAUUUCUAUGGCUGCAUCUGUUCAGGCUCAGUUGACUACACUGUUUGUCCAGCAAUUUUGCAGUUCCAACACUGAUAAAUCAAGCCCUUUGCAAGAGGAAAUAGUUGCCAAAGUGUUGGAUGAGAAUCAAGGAGCUCCUCAAAAUAAUUCUGAGGUUUUGCAAAGUACAAGAGAUGGAAAUAACAUUGCUGGAGCCUUAAUUCAGCCUACUGAGAAAUCUUCAGCUGAUUUUAUGGCUGCUGAGGAUUCUCGUGUUUUUGAUCAGUUACUGGCAAGAGAUGACAUGUUAGUAGAUGAUAACAUUGAUGAAAAUGCAAUCAACAAUGCACUUUCUAGUCCUGUUACUGAUGUCAAUGAAAACACUGUUGCUGAGAAAAUGAAGAAAGCCGAUGAAAGCUGCAUGGAAUGCUCGGACAAAUGCGGUAGGAACUUCUCUAAUGCUCAUGAAAUAAAUACUGAUGUUUCAGAGAAGCCUUCAACUUUUGUUGUGGGCACAGAAAACUGUAGUAUUGGUGAUAAAAUGAUUGGGAUAGCUUCAUCCGUGGAUGAUAGUUUUAAUGAUGCUAAUGGAUUAAACGAUUCUGUUAUGUCAAGUGGACAACCUCCCCCUGAAUUUUCUGAAGCUAGGGUUGUAAUUUUUGGAAGUGCGGAUGUAAAGGUUUGCAUGGACAUUGAUGUUAUUAGUUCUGAAGAAAAGGUCUGUGAAAAUGGUGAUAAUGUGAAAGUGUAUUAGUAAUGA